GAUCAAUAUAUUCAAAAAUUAAAUAAAAUUAAUGUAACGGAUUCUUCAGAAAAAUUUCAAAUAUUAUUAAAAUUUAUUAAAGAAAAAUGCUUUAAAGAUUUUAAUAUCUUAAAUGAUAAGAUGAAAAAAGAGAAAGGAAAAAGUUUAGAACAAAAUGUUCCCAAACAAGAGCAAAAGAAAAAUGAUAUUAACAUUUUAGAUUUUAUUGCAAUUGAAAUGACUUGUUCAAUUAGCAAGGAACCAACAGACCAAUUGUGUUUUUUAAAAUGUCAACAUAUGAUUUCAUUAAAUAACUUGAAUAAGUUUAAACAAAAUAAUAAUUCUAAAGAUCUUAAAUGUCCUGAAUGCCGAGAAAUAAUUGAAGAAAAUGAUAUUAGAUAUCUAUCACAGCAAGUUAUUUAUAAAAAUCUAUACUCAUAUUUUUUUGAAGCUGGAUUCAUUUUACCUUCAAUAGAAUCGGAUAGUAAUCAUGAUAAUACCAAUUCUGACAAUUCUGCUGACGAGGAAGAAGCUGACAUUAUGCUAAAUAAAAAAAUGAAAGUUAUUAGAGAAAUUAAAGAAAUUAAAUUAAAUUCAAGAUUAUUACAACUAAUGUUUCAAUCAAAAAAGCAAAACCCAGCAUAUCAGAAUGUUAUAAAAGAAUUAGAAGAAAAAAAUUACGAGCAGGCUAUAUUAAAAUGUAAAGAGUAUGUAGAGAAAUUCCCCAAAACUUACACCAUGAGAUGCAUUUUGGCUUAUGCUUAUAGAAAUAUUCAUUAUUAUGAAAAAGCAAAUUUAUAUUUAAACGAAGCUAUUAAAUUAAAGAAAAAAAAUCCAAUAGCAUAUUACAUUCGUGGGGAAAUUUUUUUCAGACAAGGUCAAUACGAACUUGCAAUAUUUGAUUUAAAUACUUCAAUAAAUUAUAAGUUCAAAAAUAAUGUAUCCAUAAUAUUAGGUAAUAGUUAUUUCCUUAAAGCAGAAAAUCAAGAAAAGCACCAAGAAAAAGAUAAUGAUUAUAAUUGUGCGUUAAAAAAUUAUAAUAUUACAUUGAAAGAUAAUCCAUCCAAUUAUUUAUGUCUUAAAAAUUGCGCAUAUAUUUAUGCAAAUCAAGAAAAUUAUUUGAAUGCUUUAGAUAUGUUGAAUAAAUUGUUAGCUAUUAUUAAACAGAAUGAUUCAUUAAUUUUAUGCUACUAUGGAGAAAUUCUUAAUAAUUUAAAAAGAUAUGACGAAUCAAUAAUUUACUUUACAAAAGCGUAUAAUAUAGAUCCCGAAAAUACUCAUGUCAUAAUUAAAAGGGCUAUUACUUAUUAUCUUCUUCAAGAAUAUGAUAAUGCUUUGUUGGAUUUAAAAAGGGUUAUAAAAUUAGAUUCCUCAAGUUGUAUAGCAUAUUAUUAUAAGGGAUUAACGUAUUACACUAUGGAAAAUGUUAAUAAUGCCCUCAAAGCUUUUGACAAAUGCAUAGAAUUAGAUCCCAAUGAUAACUUAUCAAAAAUGAUCACUUAUCAUUUAAGAGAUUUGUCAGAUGACAAUGAUCUUAAUAUUCCUAAUAUUAAUGAUGAUAAUUCAUUACUUUUUAUGAAGUGUAAAAUAUAUAUUAAAUUAAAGAAAUAUGAUGAAGCGAUGUUGGAUUUAAAUAGAUUAUUUGAAUUAAAUAAUGAUGAUAUUUCAUUUACUUAUUUAUUACGAGAGUAUUCGGAUUUUUGGUCGUACUUGUGUGAUUAUUAUGAAAUUAGUAAUAAUGAAUUCACGGAACUUGGAAUUGUUGACAAUUUUAGUACUUAUAUGUAUAAAGUGAAAAAUGUUUUUUUUGUUUCAAACCUUAUAAAUCUGAACUGUAAAUUUUAUCAAUUUCUUGAAAGUGAUUCAAAUAGUUUAUUGGGACAGGUCUUAUCCUUUAAAGAUGAAUCACUCCCUAUAAGUUUACCCAAACUUACUGAUACUCAUGAAAUAUCUUCAUAUUUCAUAACUUGGAAAAUAAAUGUCAAAGAAAUAUUAUCUAAAAAUUGUUUUAUAAAAUUUGUAAUUGUAGAAGGAAAAGAUAACGCUGAAAUUUUUUCGCAAAAACAUGUGCUAAAAUAUGAGGAUGUGUUAAAACUUAGUGGAUUAGGUUGGAUUGAAUAUACACUCCCAUUUACAUCAAACACGAAUUAUACAGAAUGGCGACCUUCAAUUGAGUCUAAUCCUCAUUCUAUUAUUUUGAAAAUGGAUUAUGUUCGAUUAAUACGAUCUAAAAGAGAGAAAAUCUAUUUUCCUAAAAUGGGCCAUUUCUUACCAAUUCAUAAAUUACAUCCGAAUGUUCCAGAAACUUUUAAGGACAAAUAUUUUUCAAAGAAGGAUAUGGAAAAACUGGUCGAAUUAAAAGACAUUAUUAAUCAUUAACUUUUAUACUGUAUAAAUAAAUCAAAUAUUUAUAUUAUAAAACAGGUUUUUAUUUCUAUGCAUUUGCAUAAAAUACCGGGUGUGUCGAUAAAUUUUUUGAGAAAAAUUGUUCCUAGAAGUAUUUUGUGAAGGAUGCGCAAAACACUAUAAAAAUACCUAUAAUAAAAUUAGUUCCAUUUUUAAUGUUGUGAUGAAGUUUUUUCCUGACAGCUUAUGUAAAAUUCAAAAGAAUUUAAUAAACUAAGGAGUAAAAU